CAGUCACCAAACAGGAGAAAGAGAAAGAAAAAUGAAUAAAAAAAGAAAACAGAUAAAUAAGCAAACAAACAGCAACGGCAACAAGUGAAUCAGAAGCAAAGAUACAACUACUACCCUCUCUCUCUUCUCUCUCGGCUUCUACUGAUUUUUCUGUAUCUAAACUUUUCUCUGUACACCAACCACACAACCAGCAAAAACAACUUGCAGAGCAUAGACCAACAAGCACGUAUCUUUGUUCAGGCACACGCAAAAAAGAAAAAAAAAGCUCCAAUCUUGCUGGUCAAGGAGGAAAACACAGACAUGGGUAUUUUACUCGAGGACGUUGUGAUCAUCAGGCAAGCAGAAAAAGAAAGUGACUUGAGUCUUAUCACUGUAAAUUGCCCUGACAAAACUGGGCUGGGUUGUGAUUUAUGUCGCAUCAUACUUUUCUUUGGCCUAAAUAUCGUUAAAGGAGAUAUAUCUACGGAUGGAAAAUGGUGUUAUGUAAUUUUUUGGGUGGGUGGCAAUUCAUCAACUAGAUGGAGUCUAUUGAAGAAGAGGCUAUUAGAAGUAUGCCCAUCCUGCUCUUCAGCUUCUGGGAUUUCUUAUUACCGUCCAGAAUUGCAGCAACCUCCAAGGCCUCCUGAUGUCUUCCUCUUGAAGUUGUGCUGUCAUGACCGAAAAGGGCUUUUACACAAUGUAACUGAGGUGCUUUGUGAGCUUGAACUCACUAUAAAAAAAGUAAAGGUAUCCACAACACCAGACGGCAGGGUGAUGGACCUUUUCUUCGUUACAGACAUCAGGGAGCUUCUGCAUACAAAUAAGAGAAAGGAAGAUACUUACGAGCAUUUAAGAGCUGUUAUGGGAGAUGCCUUGAUAAGCUGUGACAUAGAAACAGUUGGCUCUGAAAUCACAGCAUGUUCACAGGAAUCUUCAUUUCUUCCAACUACAAUCACAGAAGACAUACUUAACUUGGAAAUUCCUGAUGAACUCUCAGGCUCACAAACUUCCACUGGUGUUUCUGUCACAAUGGACAACUCACUGAGCCCCGCUCACACGCUUGUCCAAGUUGCAUGCCAAGAUCACAAAGGUGUCCUUUAUGACAUAAUGCGAACCCUGAAGGAUUACAAUAUAAAGAUUUCUUAUGGGCGCUACUCAAUAAUACAAAGAAGAAACUGUGAGAUAGACUUGUUUAUUGUUCAAGCUGAUGGAAAGAAGAUAGUUGACCCAAGCAAGCAGAGAGCAUUGCUCUCUCGUCUGAAGAUGGAACUAUUGCGUCCUAUCAGAGUAGCUGUUGUGAGCCGCGGUCCUGACACAGAGCUGCUAGUGGCAAAUCCUGUGGAGUUAUCUGGCAAGGGCAGGCCUCUUGUAUUUCAUGAUAUCACACUUGCUCUCAAGAUGCUCAACACUUGCAUUUUUUCGGCUGAGAUUAGGAGGCGCAUGAUUGGAGAUCGAGAAUUUGAAGUGUAUAGAGUCUUACUCGAUGAAGGGGACAGUUUGUCUGUCCCAAGAAGCAAAAUUGAGGAAGGAGUUCGGAAUAUGCUAAUGGGUUGGGACUGAGGAACAAGUUUAGAUAUCACUCUUUCUUAUUUGGCUAUGGUCUCCUAUGAAGUACACUUCUCCGUAUCACAAUAUGCAUGUAAUGUAAAUUACAGAACGUAUAUCAUUGUAAAGGUAGAGCUGUCCCACUUCUACGUCUACAUUACGUUUAUGGCUCUUGUGAGGUUGACUUGAACAUGAACAGUUGAACCAUGGGGCAAGAAGUUGGUAGCAGGAGAUAAAAAGACUGAAGAGAUACAUGGAGACUCGUUAUACAUUUGGCACACCUGAAAUGUUUGUGGUAAUGGAUGCUUUUGAUGGCUCUGUUGCCAUCCUGUUGUAUAAAUCCAUUACUAACUCAUUUCUCCUUUCCUGUAAAUAAAUUACAUAUGUAGAGUAUGCAGUAAAUUGACGAGGGUUUAUGUAGCUACCAGUCGUGCCAGUAGAGGGAUCUGUACAGAACAUUUGCAUAUUAAGUUAAUAAUAACAUAACAAUUUCAUUGCA